AUGAUUGAGGAGGUGAGCAACCAUGUGGAGCAUCAGAGCGUGGAGGAGCUGGAGUGCAAGAUUUGCUACUGCGCGUAUACCCUGGGGACCCACCGGCCAAAGGUUCUGGAAUGCUGCCACCGCCUGUGCGCCAAGUGCCUCGUCAAGAUCCAGGACCUGGGGGAGUCGCCUCCGUGCACUGUCGUCUGCCCCUUCUGCCGCUACGUUACCAGGCCGCUCGGGGACGCAACCAGCAGCCUCCCGGAUGAUUAUAACUUGCUAACCGCGCUGGCCCUGGGGAGCCGCAACCAGAGGUCCCAGAGGAACCUUCGUUUCCACCAAGACGAACUGCUCCUGAACCCCCGGCACCUAAGCUCCUUGAUGGGAAGCGAACCGACCGCAAUGUCCCCUUCCUCCGCCUCCGCUUACUCCUCGAUCCGAGGCUCCCCUAACUUUGUGGUGAUCACCAUUAUGGAGCCUCCACCGGCCCCUUCACCAGGCCAGGACCAGCUUGGCGGACCACUGGUCUCUAGCUUCCGCUCCUCCAGCCAGGACUCCUUGGCGUCCGUCGCGCAGGGGUGGAACCUGUGGAACUGCGCCUCCCUGCUGUGCCAGACGUCGGCCCGGGCCCUGGUGUGGGUGCUGGGCCUCCUGUACUUCAGCUCGCUACCCAUGGGGGUCUACCUGCUCAUCAUGCAGCAAACUACUGUUGGGGUCCUGCUAGUGAGUCUCGUCCCCGCCAGCCUCGUCAUGGUGAUGGUCUAUGGAUUCUGCCAGUGCAUAUGCCAGGAGGUCUGGAACUGCAUGCCACCAUCGCGGGACCACUUACGCUAACGCUCGGGGCACUCGUCACGUGGUCAGUAUGAAAGCUUUUCUGCCGCAUUAGGGUCACCUUCAUCUUCCAGCUAGUGAGAUCUCUCCCCA